ACCGGACUUCCUUUGAGAGCUCCUUUUGGAACCACGCUGCACGUGUUACAUGCUUACAGUCUGCAGUGUGAACGUUGCACCUCUCCCCUGUAUAUCAAUGGCCUGACUGAAUUAACAUUGUGAUUUGACAUGCUGCAUUACUUUGCAGUUUUUACCCUCCCUGACACGCCCCCCCGGUAAGUGGCUGUCGACAUGGCCUCAUUUCUGCCUGUAGUUUGGGUCCCAGCGGCGUAUUUGAACAGAGUAAUUAAGCUUUCUUUCUGCAAUGGUGGCAUUCCUUGUGAUCAAUACCUACCCUGCAGCAUUGGCGUUUGUCUGUGAUUAAGAUUUGAAUAUAUUGUGCGUAUUUACACAGAUUCUUUUCAUAGGACUUUGCCUUUUUGUUCUCCAGGGGAACAAUGUGAUGGAGGACCAGGACUUGAGAGAGAUUGGCAUCACAGACCCGAGCCACAGGAAGAAGAUCCUGCAUGCAUCGCGCUCGUUUCCCAAGGUGAAGGCACUGGGCUGUGACGGCAGCAGCUCCCUCUCCUCGUGGCUGGAGAAUCUGGGCCUGCACGAGUACCUGCACAACUUCCUGACCAGCGGCUACCGCACUCUGGACUGUGUGAAGAACCUGUGGGAGCUGGAGAUUGUCAACGUGCUGAAGAUCUCCCUGCUCGGUCACAGGAAACGCAUCAUCGCCUCCUUGGCGGAGAGGCCCUACGAGGAGCCUCCGGUCAAGCCUCCGCGCUUGUCCCAGAUCAGGUGCCAAGACCUGCCCGGGUCCCAGACCUCGUCACCCCUUGGUCACAUGGAGUCCUACAGCGGGCGCUCAAUGGACCCCCUGCUGCCGGCGGGGGAGCCGGGGAGGAAGAGAGUGCCGGAUAACGACUACGACGUCACUCAGAGGAGUCGCGGCGAGCAGCACAGAACACACGAGCGGCAUGAAGACCGGCACAGAGAGCCCUGUUUGACCCUGCGGCCUCCCAGCCUGGCGGCGUCGUACGCCCCGGUCCAGAACUGGCACCAUCAGCCCGAGAAGCUCAUCUUUGAGUGCUGCGCCUACGAAGCCAGCUACCUCGGCUCCAUGCUAAUCAAGGAGCUCCGGGGCACCGAGUCCACGCAGGACGCCUGUGCCAAAAUGCGGAGGUCGACAGAACAAAUGAGGAAGGUCCCGACCAUCGUCCUUUCCAUCACCUACAAGGGUGUGAAGUUCAUCGACGCCGCUAAUAAGAACAUCAUCGCGGAGCACGAGAUCCGCAACAUUUCGUGCGCGGCCCAGGACCCGGAGGACUUGUGCACGUUUGCCUACAUCACCAAGGACCUGCAGACCAGCCACCACUACUGCCACGUGUUCAGCACAGGAGACGUGAAUCUGACCUACGAGAUCAUACUGACGCUCGGCCAGGCGUUCGAGGUCGCCUAUCAGCUGGCUCUGCAGGCCCAGAGGACCAAGCGGCAGCAGAACCUACCGCUGGGACCCGGGUCGGAGGCCAGCCGCCCGGUGCCCAAACCCCGAGGCAGCGUGCGGAAGUCGGCGAGCGACCUUGCGGAGCAGGAGGGGGACUCUCAGUCCAGGCCCGGCGGCGCCACGUGGCUCGCGGACCCCAAGGAAUCAAAGCGCACUAUCAGCACCAACUGAACACUGUGCGGCCCCCUCCCAGCCAGUAAGAAAGGACAGGAAUGAGCCCAGUUGCAUGGUGGGUAGGUUAUUUUUUUCGGGAUAGUGACCCGCUUCCCACGCAUCCACCGGCUGGAUCAAGCUCAGGCUGCUCGGGAGACAAAGCGACGCACAAGCUCUCCAAGACGCACGGCCCAUCGGACACACACACACACACACACACACACACAGUUCAUCUUCCUGUCCAUCCACACACAAUAUUUGUCCCACAUUCCGAUGCGUUUGUUGUGUUUUGUUCAGAGACUCCUUCAGUCUAGUUUUCUCGUGCUGAGGACCUUGUGACUAAAGGGGAAGUGGCUGAAAUGGGGAAUAUGUGCUUUUUUUCCUUUUUUUUGUGGCAACACAAAGGUACAAACUGUCCAACGGCGACGUGACGCUGUAGGUACACGGUCUUGUAGCGUCUCUGUGUGGCCGCCGGCUCGUCACCCGCAACACGUGACUGUGAUAAAACAAUGCGAUCUCGCACGGGAGGAGCUUUUUAACCAAAUUCAAAGGGCAGAGGAACCGACACUACAAAGACUGUUUUAAAAUAAUAUAACGGGUGGUUUUUAUUUGAUUUGAAAGUUAUUUCGUUUCCUGUAUGUUUUCAUUGUUUUUUUUUUUAUUGGACUUUAGUGUGUUCUAAUGCUGGAACUUGUUCAGGUGUGGUACACUGCAGCUCCCGCCCUCCUUUGCCUGCUCCCAUUGGUUUAGUUCAUGUGGACGAGAUAAUUCGCCAAACCUGCCGUGCAGGCCGGUACGUCUUUUAGGUUUCCGCUGCGGAGCAGAACAACAGGGCACGGCGCGUUUCCGCGUCGACUGACGCCUGCUUGCCUGCAUACUCGGGUCGUUUUGAUCUAACUGUUGUGUUUGUGGUACGCUGUCAGGCCGGAUAAACUCUACGGUACACCGUCUUCAGCUCGGUCCCGUUCCGCUUUUGCACAUGGUUGAGGAUCAGGAGAGAUGUUUGGGGACUAAUCUGAUGACAAACAAUGAUGAGAAUGAGAAUUGUACAUGACUCUAGCGGCCUGUAUUUUCAUACUUGAAUGAUUUUUGUUUUUAUAGAUAUCUAUAUAUAUAUAGAUAUAUAUAUGUAUAUGUAUGUAUGUACGUAAGUAAUUUUUGACGUUAGUCAAAAGAGAGAAUAGGACUAUGUCUUAUAAAGUUAAACAUAUCGUGAAUAAAAUACCCUGUGAUUUAAAAAAUACAUUUAAAAAAAGGCUGAUAAAACAAUGACUCAGACGAGGGACCUCACUUAAAAAAAAAGAUUGUAAAUAAUCUUGGGCUUCCAGUCUUUUUUUAUGAUUAUUUUUCAUAAUUGUACAACUAAUAAAUGGCGCAAUUAGAAAUGCUGA